AUGUCGCAACUAACUACACCUAAUAUAAUAAUUCUUAUAGUAGCCUAUAAACAGCAACAGACUAUCACCAUAGUGAUACAAACUACUACUACAGUGACACAAACCACUAUAAUGAUACAAACUACUACAGUAACACAAACCACCACAGCGAUACAAACUACCACAAUGACAUAG